CCUCACCUGGCAUCAAUCAAUCAACCCUUGCUUUCCACCACAACAAAGCCCCAAGCAGGUCUGGUCGUGCCCCACCUGGUCCCUUUGUUGAAUCAUCAGGUUUGGCAAACCCACCCCGACCUCGGCAACGUUUUGGCUUCGCAACGCGGCGGCGCCACUAACCCUAACUCAAGUUCUGCUAUGCACGUCAAUCCUGCCCCCAAUCCAAAACCCAGUCUUCCUUUCUCUCCCGCACCCUGCCACCAAUCAUCACCAGCGCCAACUACCAACCACCAACGGCAUGAGCGGCCUUGGAGAUGGCGCAACUCAGCUUCUUGCACAUCUGGAAGCUUCCGCGAUCCUUCUUAUUGAAUGGGAGACGAGCCUGCAGAUACGUUUAGGUUACCCCCUUGCACCAAAUGGAAGCCGAUUUUUCCUUGUCCCUGACGGCCAACUGCAGAAAGUCCAAGACAUCGCCGCCGAACUGGGCUUCUCUCCAGUCCAUGAGGAUAUUCUGCGCUCCAUCUACACAUGCGAGCUGUCGGGCCUGGCAGUUCGCUACCUAAUCGAUGACGCAACCUCUGACCAGGGCCCGCCGCGGCGUAGGCUCGUUUUCCUGCCCAUGUCCUGGGCGGGGAUUACGUUGGACGAGGCCAUUCCGAUUCAGGUUGACGACGGCCUUCAGCCCGCACUCCCUCCUUCUACCCGAACGGUGCCACUCCCAGCCGCCUGCGCUGCGUUUGCACGUAUUGCCGCUCGCGAGAAACGCACAAGUCGAGUUCACCGUGGUAUUCUCGAGCAACUUUCGAGCGUCAUUGGGGAGAGCCUCUUCGAUAUGAGCUAUGAGGGGGAUUAUAUGGAAAUCUUGGCGAAUGACCAGCCGCUGUCCGAGGGUGAAAAUCUAGAGAUCGAGCAGGCUGUAAAGGUAAUCAAGAGUUGGCCAUUUAGGGAAGAUGAAGAGUGGAUCAAGGAUAUAUUGGUUGAUAUUUAUACGAGCAAGAAAACCUUUCUCGACUUCCCCUGGGAGAGAAGGGUAAAUUUAUAGCUUACCUUUAAUAUAUUGCAGUGUAGUCCGUGAGUAUUAGCAAGAGUUAAAGCUAAAGGGCUUAAUGUAUCUACGGCGUAGUAUUGGAUGGUAGGAUAAAGAUUUACGGGGCCUGUCCCCCAAGUAGCUGAUAUUGAAGGAGGAUUACGUACAACCCUUGAUACUGCGAAGGAGAAGAAAGAAAAUAACCGCACAAGUAAUGUUUAGAGACGGGGGGCUCGACUAAGGUCACUCUGGGGUAUGUGGUAUGGGAGGCUGAUGAAGUAGCAGGCAGCCUUUACACCCGUUAGUUACGGA